AUUUCCUUCAACAUGGGCUACUUAACAACUUUUGUUGUGUUCUCCCUCCUAGCCAUCUUGACUUUUGCUUAUGCUGAUGAACACACCACUGAUAUUGAGAUCAGAAACAACUGUCCGUACACAGUCUGGGCGGCAGCAGCCGACAUAGGCGGUGGUCGACGUCUCGAUCAAGGCCAAACUUGGACCAUUAGAGAACCACCUCACGCCAUAGGACGUAUAUGGGGUCGUACUGAUUGUACCUUUGAUAGUUCGGGUAAGGGUUCGUGCCAAACCGGUGACUGUGAUGGAGUCCUGAAUUGCACAGGGUGGGGUAAAAAACCAAACACCUUGAUACGAUUCGCAUUGGACAACCGCAACGACUUAGAUCUUUUUUACAUUUCUUUAGAGGAUGGAUUCAAUAUUCCAAUAAGUUUCACCCCAACCGUUGUUACUAGCGGCGGGAAAUGCCAUGCAAUUUCAUGCACGGCUAAUAUUAACAGUGAGUGUCCUGAUGACCUUAAGGUUACUGGAGGAUGUAAUAAUCCUUGUGAUGUUUACAAAACACCAGAUGGACGUUGUAAUACCUAUUCUACAGAAAAAUACUUCAAAUUUUUCAAAGAAAAAUGCCCUGAAGCUCAUAGCUCCCCAGAUGAAGAUAGUUCUGAAUUCAUGUUUGAUUGCCCAAGUGGAAAAACCAACUAUAAGAUUGCCUUCUGUCCACUUGGUAAUGCUCACCAAAAUUUCCCCUUGAAGAUGACUGCAACUACACAUGAAGUGGCUAAGUAGAACAAUGGAGACUCUACUCUUUUAAUUUGUUGUUUAAUUUGCUUGAAGUGGUCAUAGUCUUUGCCUUAUCCAAAUUAGUUUGUUUGUCUGAAGUGGCUAUGAUCUGAAUAACGAUCGAUCGAUCACAUAUUGUAAUUUGAUAAUACAUCCAAAGGAAUCUCCAAAGUAGUUUCAUUUUA